UGUCCACGCCUUUGGUUGUGAUGUGUGUUCUACAUAUUUACAUUGCCUGCCUUUGAUCUGCCCAUUCAAUUAUUCCUGAAGGGAUGAAAGAAAAUGCAGCAAAUAGUGUAAAAGUAGAAAAAGCAGAAUGUAAAUAAGUAAGGAUUCAUGAAUCAUUAUAACAGUAGUAAAUAGUUUAGAAAAUCAUCAAUAUUUUUUGAUAUAACGAUUUAUGAUUAUAAAAUAUGGGCAUUGUAUUUGCGUACAGGGUUUAGUUGAGCGUAGUGGGCUGACUUCCCGCGUGAAGAUGAGUAGGAGGUCUCGUUAGGUCUCGCUCGUACAGAGCUCGUGCUGUGAUGGGACUGUAGUCCGUUAGUAGCCACAGCCUCCACCUCCUCCUCCUCCUCUUCUUCUUCUCCUUCUUCUUCUUCCAUCAUGGCUCCCUCGAUAGACAGACAAGGAUACUGGGGGCGGCCGACGUCAACGCUGGAUUGGUGCGAAGAAAAUUAUGUCGUCUCUUCUUACAUCGCGGAAUUCUGGAAUACUGUCAGCAACCUGAUCAUGAUUCUUCCUCCCAUUUGCGGUGCCAUCCAGACGUAUCGCAACGGCCUCGAGUUUCGCUACAUCUGCUCUUUCCUCGGACUGGCAGCUGUAGGCGUGGGCUCCUGGUUCUUCCACAUGACGCUGCUGUAUGAGAUGCAGCUACUGGACGAGUUGCCAAUGAUUUAUAGUACCUGUGUCUUCGUCUACUGUCUAUAUGAGUGCUUCAAACAAGAGAACAGCAUUAGUUUGUUUCCAAUUGCAUUAUUAAUCAUCUUCAGUGUCUCAGUCACUGUGGUGUAUCUGCAGUGGAAGGAGCCAGUGUUUCACCAGGUCAUGUAUGGCGCACUGGUAGCUUGCCUAGUGAUGCGGUCCAUCUUCAUUGUUACAUGGGUGUACCCCUGGCUCAGGCCACUCUGUUACACCUCCUUGGGUAUCUUCUUGUUAGGAUUCCUGCUGUGGAACAUUGACAAUAUCUUCUGUGACUCAUUGAGAGCUAGUAGACAAAUGCUGCCCCCUGCUGUUGGAGUAGUAACACAGUUCCAUGCCUGGUGGCACAUCUUCACAGGCCUGGGAUCGUACCUGCACAUACUUCUGAGCCUGCAGAUCAGGUCAACCUACCUCAAGUACAGACCAAAUGUAAAGUUCCUGUGUGGAGUUUGGCCCACGUUGCACAUCGAGCCUCAGAAGACGAGCUGAAGUGGAUGCAUGGUGAGCGGCUUGAGGAUGGUGACUGCCACAUCCACACACCAUCAUCAGCACAGGGACCUGCCACUGCUGAGACGUCAGCCCACAGGCAGGACACAGGUGGACACUAUAGACACCACCACAAGGACACUGUGGGGAUUUACUACAGUACAGUAUAGCUCUGAUUCUAAUUUUAAGAAAUGGAAGAUUUUUUUUCUCAUCAGUCCUAAUUUAUUAGAUUAGUGUACUUAAGUGACAUUUCUUUUAAUAUAAUUUGCUCCUUUUUAAUGCAAAUGUAAUGUGUAGUCCACUACAGUGGUGACUGUUGAAGGGAUUAUGGUUGUUAGCUUGAUUAGGGGUUUGGGGAAAAUAAUUUACAUUGUCUAAAUAAUCAUUGUAUGUAGGGCUGCAAGGAUUAAUCCCUCAAUUAUGUUCUCUUCAUUAAUUGAGAAACAGUGACGUUCUCAAAUGUCCCACAAAAAUUACUCAGUUUGAAUGAUUCACAAAGGAACCAGAAAAUAUUCAAGUUUAAGAAGCUGAAGAAUCAAAAAGCUUAUUUUUAGUAAUUGAUAAAUAAUGGAAUAGUCGUUGCAGCCCUAGUUCUGUGUUCAAUCCUGUGAAGAUAUUUAAAUAGAUGCAGAACCUGAAGUAUAACUAUGAUAAUUGUAGUUUUAAAAAAAACAAAUAGCUGAGCUUUGAGGAGCAUUGUAUUGUUUUUGGAUGAGAUCACUACACGACAUACUAACUAACUACCAGCUAGAAAGUGAAAGUGCUACUGAUUUAUUUUUUUUACUUGAAUGUCUCCAAUCGAAACAUGACAAGACUGGAAUUCUUAUUUUCUUUUUUUUUAUUAGUUUUUUUAUUGUUGUUUUUAUUGUUAUUGCCAAAGUUGCACUGGGAUUUAAAGUGACCGUUUAACGUGAGAGAAAUGUCGCUAUCUUUACCUCAUUAUAAACAAACUGAGAAAGGCAGCGCUUACAUACAGUCUUGUUCAAAAUCAUGACACUGACUUAAAAUGAUCUAUAUGAGCCGGUAAAACUUUGACACUACACACAGCAAGUUGUACCACAUUUGUCACUGCGUUCUUUAAGACUGCUUUCACUGUCGAUAAAAGAAUAUUCCACACUAAUGCGAGGUCAGUGCCGGACUUUUAGAGCCACCUUUCAAAGCCAAAAGGGAUUUUUCUGUUGACUUGUUUUUCUCUGUUGGGGUUUUUAUAUCUGAAUCAUGAGCUUCUUUUGAGUAAGUGUUAGAAGAAGAAGAAAUAAUGCUAACAUGCGUAGGCAUCACUGGAAAUGCAGCGAACUUAGCCAGCCACAACAGAGAAGAUCCACUUUGUUUUCCUUUUGUAAUAGAUUCUAUUUAAAGGACCAAGUGCAUGAAUGGAACAUAUCUGAAUGAUUGCAUCUUUAUCAGCUGCAGGGAAUGGGGAUAUGAGACACAGCCAAUUCUGGAAAUUCUUCCUUUUUUUCCAAUAUCUGUCACAGCAGUGACCAGUGUUGUGUCCCUGUCUUAUGUUAUCAUAUACUUUAUACUACUAGAUUGAUUUUUAUUUAUUCACACCGUGGCAUGGAGACGAAGAGACAGACAUAAAAGGGCACAGGCACACCUUUCUGUGGUGUGAGACAGUCUCUUAUACAGCCACUAGGUGGCAGAAAUAUCCAGCUUAUUUCAGACAUUGCCAUGUAUGUCAUUUAUGAGCAUUGACAGACUACCGAGCCACUGAAAACAAUGCUUAGGAUCUUUGUCUCAGUUUUCACAUGGUGGAUCUGUAGUGUUGUAUGAAGGGCUUUUUUUUUAUUUAUUUACAUUUGUUUUGCUACUGUGAAUUUGUAAAUACGUAACAAUAGACCCUGAAUUAACUGGUGAAGUAGACGUUUGUGUGGCCUCCUAAACUGCUUUGUGCUCUCUUUUUUUUAUCUGUUGAGACAACACGUUCUUUUUUUUUUCCUUUUGUUUCUCACAAUGCAUACUGGCUGUUUCACUAACUCUUCAAUAUGCUAUAACACCUGCUCAGAGCCAGUGUUACAAACAUUCAAAAGCACAGAAGUACAGUGUGUGUCAGUAAAGUAUUACCGUUGCCGCGUAAAUGUCUGUGUUGGAAAACGCCGUCGUGUGCGCGUUAUCAAGUCUCAUCAGUUUUCAAAGAAGGUGCCUUAUUGUUAUCCUCGCAGUGUAAUCCAAGUUGCCUUGAUGUUUGUGAUAAACCCACUCGUGUUGUUCCUUGUGUUUUACAAUGUGCCCUCCCCUCUGGUCAACAGCAGUUAGGAGGACAGACAGUAACAGCCUCUUAAUUCUUUGGCCUUCCAUUCAUUUCAUUAUGUCUAAAACAGCUUAGUUACAUUUGUGCUCAUGAUGCUAUUUGUAGCUCAAAGUGUCCAUACUUAUGUGUUGAGGCCAGAACAGAAUUUUUUUUUUUUUUGUUAAACUUUGGUAAUGUGCCAGUCCUAAAUGAUGCCCUGAAUUGUCAAAUAAAACAAUGUUUCAGACA